GUAAGUAUACCUACUGAAUCGUCUCAUACCUCUAAUUCAGAAGAUAUGAUAAAUGAGCCCGAUGAUCUAGAAGAAAAACGAAAUCUUGUUAUCAAAAUAGCAGAUUUCAAGCCUAUCAUGUUCGAAGCCAAACCUGAUCCAGAAUUAAUUAUCAAAUCCGUGUUAGAGUAUUUCACAUACUUGAAAUUCCGAAAUAGUUUUAGAGGAAUUGAUAAUUAUAGUUUUGCAUCACCUCAGCCAUGGAGCUCACCAUGCCCUAUUUGCAAUGGAAAACAUGGGAAUUAUGGACUACAUGGCGAAUGGAAUAGAAAUGGAACAGAAUAUUGCCUUACCUGCAAUAGUUCAAGCAAUGAACUCAAGUUCAUGAUCGUAGCAUAG